CCCGGCGCAAUGCGCAACACUAGUUUCAAAUUCUAUAUUUGAUUUUUACUUUUUCUUUUUAUGUUUCGAAUAUUUUUAAAUUUUAAAAUGUUUUAUUGCGGUGUUCGUUAAGUUUUUAAUUAUGUAUUAUACGAAUUAUUUGAAUAGGCGGCCGAGUAAGAUGAACGAGUAUGGGUUGAAAAGGAUUCCUGAUUACACUGAGUUGGCUUACAAAGAGGCGGUGUCGAAGCUACGAUACUUUUUGUCUGGGAAUUACGCGCCAAGUGUGCGCAGUUACGGAGGCUCAGCUUCGGUGAAGAAUCUGGACGAGUCCGACGGCGACUUGGACAAGAAAUACACGAGUUCCUACACCCUCGCCGAGUACAAGCCGCGGCCACGCCUCACCGCUAAAUACGCCACUUUGUACGCCGAUAGCCUCAACAAUUACUCGUCGCCUCAUGCUAAUACUACUUCCGUACCCCCCACUACUGCAUCCGCCGGUGACGUCACAGGUGGCACCAACCCUGACGUCAUAAACUUCAUACAGAAGCAGGAGGAGUAUAUAGAACAGCUCGAAAGAGAGAGCCAGUACUGCAGGGAUGAGCUGAACAACCUGUUAGGUAAGGUGAAAGAGGUGAUCUCAGAGAACGAGCAUCUACACGAAGCACAGAAGAACAAGCUCAUCUCUCGGAUGUUCCAUUCUUAUAAUGGAUCUGAAAGUGACGACCUGGACGAAUUGGGUGACAGCACGGGACUGGAGAGUGAUAAUAAGACUACUCCACUGAAAGCUCGGAGGUCUGCAAAGGCGCGUUCCACCAGAUUGGAAGGACCCAAUAUUGUCUUCGAGUCUCGCAUCGCCGAACUGGAAGCACAACUUACACAAGCUAAAAUCGAUCUUAAGAAAGUUCAGGAAGAAAACAACGAGAACAAACGCAAGUUAGCCUCUGGGCUCGUUGACUCAACUUGCCUCGAUGGCUUCAAGCGCCAGAUUGAUAACCUCCAGAGGGACAAGUCUUCGCUGGAAUCCCAGAUCUCGAAGCUCAAGUUAAGCUUGGAGCAGCGGGACGAUGACGGCCGGUACAAGCGAGGGUCGGAUGCGGUGGAACAUCAACUCAGAGAGGAACGCAAUAACUUGGAGUCUGAGUUGAGGCGGCUUAAGGACGAGCUGUCGAAGGAGCGCAGCAAGGUCCGCGAGCUGGCGGGGGAGGGCGCGCGGCGCGUGCUGGCCGAGCGCAGCGCCGCCGAGCAGCGGUACAACGCGCACUUCGACGACCUGCAGCACGACCUCGCCGCGCAGUACGACAACGUCGCCAAGCUACAGUUGGAUUUGGAGCGCCAACGUCGCGAAGAGAACGAGCUGAAGCGAGAGCUGUCCAUGAAGAACUCGGCCAUCGAUGAGCUUAAGAUGGAGCUGAAGAACAAAAUAUCAUCUCUUCAAGCUGAUCUGGCUCAAGCUCAUGCUGAGAAGGCUUCUCUGGAAGAAGAACUGGCGAGUGCUCGCCUGGCGAUCGAAAGACAACAACGUCAAGCUAAACAUGAGACCAAUCGACUCAACUCUGAAAUCCAGUCGCUACGUCAACGCCUGGAUAGAGCUGAUGCCGACUUGGUGCAUUCCCGUCGCGAGAACCUGCGUCUGUCUGAACAAAUUUCUAACCUGGAAAAAGAGCAAACAAUGAAGAACUUGACACCGAUAUCGCCGGAGAAGAACAAGAAGGAGAAGGAACUGUCGACGAUGCUGGAGACGAUGGAGAACAAACACGGCAGUGCGCAGUGUCGCGGCCGUUCAGACGAACCAAUCAGAACACAGCGCGACCGAUCGAGCUCGCGAGACCGAGAGACUCGCCGUUCCAAGCGCCGCUCCGCAAAAGAGUCCGUUUCGUCGAAUAACUACGCGCCAAUUGUCGUUGGCCCGUUAACGACCAAUCAGGAUCUCACAAACAUCAAAGGAGAGAAGAUAUACAACUUGCCACUUAUGAUACAACAGCCCUUUUUACGGGAGAAAAAGGAGCCGAUUAAAGUUGACAUAAGCGUGAAGUUGGUUCCAAAGCCUAGAAAGAAAGAGAAGAAGAGGAGAGGAGCACACGUUGAAGAAAUUGUAGUGCAGCAAGCUGAUGAUAAUAGAGGCAUAAAGAAUAGCUUUAGCAUGGAAGUCUCUGAUGGGGAUAUACAAGUUCUAAACGAGACCGUAGAGAUCAUUGAAGAUAACGCUAAAGCUUCUGAAGAAGUAGAUGGGAAGAACAGUCAUAGCGUAGAAGAAAAUGCCCAAGUACAAGAACAUAACGACAUAAAGGCAGAGGAAACAAUACCGACCGAGGUUAAUAAUGUUGAGGUGGCAGAAAUUCUACAAGAUACAGAUAAUGAACCACAGGAAAAUAAAGAAAAUCAAGAUGAGAUAACAGAGAAUGUAAACACAGAAAGUGAACUGGAGAAAGAGUCAGAUGCUAUACAAGAAAAAGAUGAACAGAAAGAUGAGGAUGCUGCCUAA